AUGGUUUAUUUUCUAGGGAUGAAGAUUAUGUACUCUGAGAAAUACAUAAUUUUACAUCAGCUGAAAUAUGAACUUAAGCUUCUGAAGAGAUUUGAGCUGCUGAAUUGUAAAGUUGUUGUCACACCUGCUAAUACAAAUCAGAAAUUGGAUUCUGAUUAUGAUGGUGAUGAUGGUGAUGCGACAACGUCCAAGCAGUUGGUAGGUUCUCUAAGAUAUUUAUGUAAUAACAGGCCUGAUAUUUUCUAUGAAGUUGGAAUAAUGAGUAGGUUUAUGAGUAAAUCGAAGUGGUCUCAUUAUCAAGCUGUUGUCAAAAUUCUGAGGUAUAUAAAGAGAACUCUGAAGUAUGGAGUUUUGUUCCCUUCUGAUGUUGAAACUGACUCGGUACUUCUGAGUUACUCAGAUUCUGAUUGGUGUGGAGACAUAGUUGACAAAAGAAGUACUUAUGUGUACUUCUUUAAGUUUAUGGAAAGUCCUAUUUCUUGGCGUUCCAAGAAGCAACCAGAUGUUGCUUUGUCACCAUGUGAAGCAGAAUAUAUUGCAGGUGAUGUGACUACAUAUCAAGUUGUGUGGCUUCUGAAUUUACUACAGGAUCUGAAGAUCAAAGUAAACAAGCCUCUAUAG